UUGAUUCCCUUUUUUAUUGUAGUUGAGAGCCAACGAACGAACCCAAAGCAACCCUCUCUCGCUUAUCUUCGUCAAAAGAACGCACCCUAUUCUUCCCUAUUUGCAUAUCGCAUUUGUUCUUGAAUCUCAUCCUAUUCUCACAGCCGCUCGUGAGAGAAUGUUCCAACCAAAGAAGCCUUCAACUAUGAAUUCCCAUGAUAGACCAAUGUCUGUUCAAGGCGACUCCGGUCUCGUUCUCACCACCGACCCCAAGCCUCGCCUGCGUUGGACCGUCGAACUUCACGAACGCUUCGUCGAUGCCGUUACUCAGCUCGGAGGCCCCGACAAGGCGACUCCCAAAACAAUCAUGAGAGUUAUGGGUGUGAAGGGUCUUACGCUUUACCACCUCAAGAGCCAUCUCCAGAAAUUCAGACUCGGAAAGCAACCUCACAAGGAACUAAAUGAUCACUCUAUUAAAGAUGGGGCGUUAGAUCUUCAAAGAAAUACUGCAUCUUCCUCCGGCAUGAUGGCUCGUAGCAUGAACGAGAUGCAAAUGGAAGUGCAGAGAAGACUUCAUGAGCAAUUGGAGGUUCAAAGACACCUUCAAUUGAGGAUCGAAGCUCAAGGCAAGUAUAUGCAGUCCAUACUGGAAAAAGCUUGUCAAACACUAGCCGGAGAAAACAUGGCUUCCGGAGGCUACAAAGGAAUGGGAAAUCAGGGUGUUUCCGAUCUCGGAACGAUGAAAGAUUUAGGUCCCCUUAAUUUUCCAUCGUUCCAAGACCUCAACAUUUAUGGGGGUGACCAACUUGAACUCCAACACAACAUAGAUAGACCGUUGCUUGAUGGCUUCAUUUCGAAUAAUGAUAACACUUGCCUCGAAAAGAAGCGGUCGAGCCCUUAUAGUGGUAGCGGGAAGAGUCCUUUGAUUUGGUCCGAUGAGCUCCGACUGCAAGACUUGGGAACGGCUCCGACAUGUCUAGGACCUCAAGACGAUCCUUUCAAAACCGACCAGAUUCAACUCGCACCCCCGAAUACCGAGCUAGACAGUAUAUCGGAGAUUUAUGAUGCAAAGCCGGUGCUGUCUGACGACGGCAUCGGUGAAAAGAAGUUCGAAGCAUCGGCUAAGCUGGAAAGGCCAUCUCCAAGGAGGGCAUCACUUCAGGCAGAGAGGAUGAACCCUAUGAUAAAUAGUGCUAGUGUUGCACAAGGGAGAAAUUCACCAUUUGCGUGAUCAAUGGCUAACAUAUAUAUUUGAUUUAUUAUUAGACUUAAAGGUUAAUUAAUUAUACUCCCUCUGAGUCUGAUAUAUGAUUAGGGUAUUAGUUAACUACAAUAGGAUUUUGCCUGAGGUAUAUGAUAAUGCAUGCGCCAUGCAUGCCAAUCUUAAUUUCUUACAUAAAUUAAUCGUUAUGAGUUUGAUACAUCAAUUUGUACUUCCCCAUCAUCCGAAUUAUAUGAUAUUAGUAAUUUUAUA